AGGCCAAAAGGGAGGAGGGAGGGAGGGACGGACGAGGCAACCAUUUCUUUGGAAAUUUCAUCCGAUUCUUCUUCUCCAACAGUCCAAGUUGACAUCUAAGAGAAGGAAAAUUCGUCAGCAGUGGUGUGGAGUAAUAAAGAAUCAUAGAAUCUUAUUCCAUUCUCUAGUCCGUGACGCUCCUCCUCUUCUCUUGAAACGACUCGUCUCCUAAAUCCCACGAAUAUCACCUCGAAAUCGGAAUUUCAAGCUGCUAUUGACCGCAAAGUUUCAACCUUUGGAACGAACCAGUCAUGGGUCUCUACUCGUUUUGCUCGUGGGGCUCUCAGGUCAUGCCCAUCGGGCACCAGCACAGGCGUGUCGAGUUUCCACAGCUCAAUGGAAGAAGAGAACGCGGCGUUGCUUUCGAGCUCUUGAACCAGAGGCCUUGCCCUAUAAAGAUUCGCGCGUCUCGCACGCCGGAAUCUGUUGAUUUUGAAGAAAGAACGAGCCCAAAUGAGGUCAGGAAGGAAAUACAACAAUGCUACAACCUCAUCCGCAGGCUCGGGAGGGGAGUGGUUUACUUGGGCUCUUCAAGGAUGGGGCCUGAUCAUAAGCAUUACGUGCAAGCACAGGAGCUGGGUAAAGAGAUAGCAAAACUUUUGGACUGUACUUCUUGGUCAGGGGCCGGUCCUGGACUCAUGGACGCUGCAACCAAAGGCGCUCUAGAAGCAGGAAAGCCAGUCGGUGGGUUCAAGAUAGGUAAAGAGGCCGGAGAGUGGACUGCUUCUAAUUUUCAUCCGUACCUACCCUCGGAAACUUAUCUUACUUGCAGGUUUUUCUCUGCAAGGAAACAUGGUUUGGUGGAUGCCGUGGUUAGGGGCAGCAGUUCUGACAAGACGGCUGUAGUAGCUCUGCCUGGUGGAAUUGGCACUCUGGAUGAGGUGUUUGAGAUUCUGGCUUUAAUUCAGCUUGAGAGGAUCGGAUCUGCUCUUCCUGUUCCUUUUCUCUUGAUGAAUUAUGACUCGUUCUAUGCAAAGCUGUUGGACUUUCUUGAUGAUUGUGAGCACUGGGGCACCGUCUCCAAAGGAGAAGUCGGGUCGCUGUGGAAAGUCUGUGACAGUAACUCUGAAGCUUUGACUUACUUAUCCGAGUUCUAUGAUCUUCCUCUGCAGAGUGAACCCGGGCUUCAAUUUGGAGUAACGACUAUGUCGGGAACAUCUUAGUAGCUACUGUUUAUGGACAAGGAAGUUCAAACCAGCAUGUUGUAACUUCGGUGUAUUUUAGGAGCGUGUACAAUUUGAUUAGAUUGGCUGAAUAGUUCUCAGGGAACUAAACCAAAACGAAUGCCAUCUUCCUCAUCAACCCAUUCUAUUC